CCUCUCCAUGAACGUCACUCUCCAUAUAAGACGCGGAUGUGUGAGCGUCUAUGUGUGUUCUGUAGAGUUUGAGAAGGUAAGGGUUGUGCCGAUCGAUACACUUUUUGAGGUUGUCAUGGCGGAGGAGCACGGAAAGGCCAACGCCCCGCCAGAGCAGCCCGCUGGAUCCACGCCGACCUUGCCAAGUGGAGCAAACGCAGCACCGAAGAAGCUGACGUGGCCGGAGCUUGUGGGGUCGACAGCGGAGGAAGCUGAGAAGAAAAUCAAAGAGGAGAUCGGAGAUUCGAUUCGAGUCCAGGUCAUUCCCCCCAACACCUUCGUCACCAUGGAUUUCGACCAGCAACGGGUCAGGUUGUACGUCGAUUCCUCCGGAAACGUCGCAAAGACGCCCCGAAUCGGCUAACUCGAUCAAGCAUUUUCAGCUUUCCCUUUUAAUUAAGUCAUGUUAAGCUCAACUUAGCGUGCUUUUCUUUGCUCAUUUUUCGUUAUAUGUCGCAAUACGAUCGAUUUAAGAAAGGAUCCUUGGUUUCGAUCA